AUGUCAUCUUGGUUUUCUCAACUCUCAAGCACUGUUUCCAAUAUCACUGGCGUCGGAACCACCGUCGAUAGCAUCAAGACUGUAGCUGAUACCAUCACGGAUGGCCAAGCUUACACUGCCCUUGAUGAGCACGAUCUUGACUGGACGUUGGCCUCUGGUUCAUCCACCGAGAAUCAGGUCUUUUACCUCACCACCCGCAGCGGUGGUUUCGCAUUUGUUCAAUUGAUUCACUCCAACAUUGGUCUCUGGAACCCCACCAUUACAAUGACAUGUCGAUUCUAUGAUCCCGAGAGCAGCACGAGUGUUUUCAAGAACAUUACCAUGUCCAAGUUUGAGCUCUCGGCCGACAAGCGCUCUGUGAAGACUGAUUUCUUCAACAUUCAGCUGGAUGCUGCACAAAAGCUUUACAAGUUGAACAUUACACAUCCCGAAUUGGUUGUUUCCUUGGACUUUGAACGUGUUGAUCGUGGUUUCAAGGUGGGUGAAGGAAAAACUUACCUGGGCGGUGACAAAUCCUCUGCUGCUGGUUUUGUGUCGCACAAAUUCUGGCCUCGUUGUGCUGUGAAGGGUACUUUCAUCGUCAAUCAAAAGAUCUUUGAGACCGAGGGCGAUGGUAUCUUUAUUCAUGCUAUUCAAGGCAUGCAGCCUCAGCUGAUUGCCUCCAACUGGAACUUUGUCAACUUCCAAUCUGACAAGGCUUCUAUCGCCAUGAUGCAAUUCCAGACCACCAAGCAAUACGGCUCAGUCAACAUCAAUCAAGGUUCUUUGGUCUUGAACGACAAGCUGGUCUGUGUGUCCAUUGACAAUUCUGUCGAACUAUUGGAUCUGAAGAAGGACGAGGAUACCCAAUACGAUAUUCCACAAACCAUCAAAUUGACCUGGAAGGGAAAGACAAUCAAGGAAGAAGGCCAAGAGCCCAAGGAUGUUGUCAUCACCAUGACAACAGAGCCUAGAGGCUUGAUUGAGAAGAUUGAUGUGCUGGCCGAGAUUCCUUACGUUAUUCGCAAGUUGGUUCAAUCCUUGAUCGUCAAGCCCUACAUCUAUCAAUGGAUUGAUAAAUCUACAGCAGAAAUCACCAUUGGCGAUGAAAAGACAACUGUUGAAGGACACUGCUUUCAAGAGCUUGUUUUUGUAUCUAGUUUUUAG